AUGUAUGUGAAAUGGUUUGAUACAGUAAUGUUUUACUAUGUGAUUUUAAUGAAUGUCACUUUUUGUCAUUUUCAAAUUUCCCGCCGUCCCAUCCCCGUACGUCCCGACGCUCGCAGGGGACGGAACCUAGAUGACAGAUGUCGGCAUCCGCCAGAUUACAUUGCCGGGGACACUGCAGGAGGGACAUCGGGGGAGCGCAGGACAAGGUACUGUAAGUGAUCGAGGGAUCGUGGAGCAGCACCGCCGGGUAUUCACGAGUGUAGCUCGGGGUUACCGCUUGUGCUACACUCGGGAAUAACGCCAGGGAGGCUAC